UCCUGGGAAAUCGAAAUGGCGGUAAACAACAUUGAUAACACAUAGUUAUUACGACAAAUAUUUGUGGUUAAUGUGUUUGAGAAAGUGAACUUAAAUAUGGCUGCGCAGCAAGUACAGGAGUACUUAGAAAGACACCGCAUAGGAGCUUUAUUUGAGGAUCUUAUGGCAAAAGUGAUCAAGGAUACACCUGACGAUCCAGUUGGUUAUCUGAUUAAAGUUUUGAAAAAGUUGUAUUCUGAAGGGUCUAAGGGGCAUGGAUCAUCACUACCCCCUUCAGGGUCAAAGGUAUCUUUUGCAAGAUCUAUGGGUGUCUCAGGAUCACCAGCUACACAGCAUUCACUUGAUGAUGAUCGAAACCUGUUGGCCAAGUCUUGGGCUGGUCCAGACUCCCGCACAGAUGGAACACGACCACGUCCAAGCAGUGCAUCUAAAACAAUGGGCAGAGAUUAUCCACGGCCUUGGCUGAGUGGUAGUAAGCCAAUGAAGAGUGUAGGAGCAGGGGACAGAGACAACAUGCGACCACCUGCUCGAACAGGACAAACCCAAAGUGAUGGUGAGAGACCACCAUGGAAUCACAGGACUGCUGUACCAUCGCAGGACUUUGAUGAGUGGUUUAACAUGCAGCAUAGGCAACCCAGGACUGUUGAUCAAGAUGUCAGGGCAUAUCAAGAAACUUCAUCAUGGGGAAGAAAUGGGGAAAUGGCAGUGCCAGCAGAAAGGAGAGUAAUUUACAACCGCCGGACUGCUUCAUCUGGUCCAGCAAACUAUGUUGAUGAUAAUCUGGAAGAUGAGCUCAAUAUGGGGAAGGAUAUAAAAACCAGAGAAGAAGAAAAUGAUUCAUCAUCUGUGGCAUCAUAUGGGUCUUCUAGGUCACGGAAAACAAAAGCAAGACAUGCAGCUGAAGAACAUCGCCGGCAGCUUCAAGCUCUUCUUGUGAACAAGAGUCAACAGGGUGGAGAUGUUAAUGGCAUGAAUGAUGGUGAAGACCAUCAUGAUGAUGGCACAGAAUUAUUAGAAAAUGUGGAUGAUCUGGAGUCUGAAGGGGUGUCAAACCUGGGCAGUAAGGGAUCAAGACUAUCCAAGUCCAUUAGACAAGGAAAUGGAACAUCAGAGUCUAUACGUGUUAGCAUAUGUGCCAGAUGCGCCAAGGUUAUUACUGGUCAAGCAAGUGAUAAAAAGUCAGAAGUUGGAAGUAUUUAUUCAGGAAGUGAAGUUGAUGACAACUUUGAAAGUGUUUCUCAAGUUGGAAGUACGACUGGACAAAGAAGACCUCCUGUGUGGCCUUCAGGAUUUGACUCAGAAAGUGACUCGAGCCCACGGAAAGGUCAGCAGCACAUGUGGCAAAGUCCAGGUAGAUCUCCAGGCAGAUCUCCAGUAAAGGGAAAACACAUGUUUCGGGGUGGUUCUUUUACCAAUGAACGACCGGACAGUUCCAGGCCCCCUUCGGCUUCUUCAAGUCGUAGUGACCUGGUGUAUUCGGGAAGACAACAAAAGUCUUGGAACUUUGACGGAUAUUCCUCUGAUAAUGACACCGAAGUCAAUUUUGACCGAGUUGGGUCCCCUCAAUUACAAGGAAGUCGUCCAUGGAACCGCGCCCCACUGGAAAGCGGAAGUGAAACGGACUGGGACGCAAGACAAAGAAGACGAACCCCAGAACGGAGAUUUGCUCGGUUUAACAGCGGGGAUGAGUCAGACUCAACGUAACAAAAGGUCGCGAAAUGACACAUGGAGACUGUCGAUUAUCGCUACUGGAAAGGUUCACGAUAUUUACCGAAUCAAUUUUAUCCGAUAGGAAUUUUUUAUCAUAUCAAUAUUUGCAAUACUAACCAAGAUACACGUAUUUAUUGUCUCUGUGGGUUUAGAAAAGUAAAAUGUGCACUUUAGGAAGAGAAUGAUUUUUUUGCUGAAGGACUCACCCCUAUUGUAUGUUCCCCUUAAACUGGAAUAUUAAAGUUUAUUUUAUGUA